ACUGGUUUUCUGGGCCACAGCUUGUUAAUUACCGGCCUGGAGGCUCUCUGGCAAGUAGGUUAAUUGCCGGUGUGUGGCAUUAAUAUUGGGCCUCAGCUUGGGGGUUUCUCUCUCUCCCCAAGCCAGCUCCUGGCAUCAAAACCCGGGCUCAGUUACCUGAGUUGCUGGACCCAGUACUCAGGGGGUUCUGAGGAUCCGGAGGAACGGAGUGAGCCCCUCUUCACUGAGAAAUGAAUCUGGGAAGGCCUCCAGCAGGCAGUCACUCCCACAUCUGUGUGCUGGAGGGGUCGCUGUCCCAUACCAAAGUCCAGGAUGCUCCAGACCUUGUAUGACUACUUCUGGUGGGAACGGCUGUGGCUGCCUGUGAACUUAACUUGGGCUGAUCUAGAAGACCGGGAUGGACGUGUCUACGCCAAAGCCUCAGACCUCUAUAUCACACUACCCCUGGCAUUGCUCUUCCUCAUCGUUCGAUACUUCUUUGAGCUUUACGUGGCUACACCACUGGCUGCCCUCCUGAACGUAAAGGAGAAAACUCGGCUGCGGGCACCACCUAACCCCACCUUGGAGCAUUUCUACCUGACCAGUGGCAAGCAGCCCAAACAGGCAGAGGUAGAGCUCUUGUCACGGCAGAGUGGGCUCUCUGGCCGCCAGGUAGAGCGCUGGUUCCGCCGCCGCCGCAACCAGGACCGGCCCAGUCUCCUCAAGAAGUUCCGAGAAGCCAGCUGGAGAUUCACCUUUUACCUGAUCGCUUUCAUUGCUGGCAUGGCCGUCAUCGUGGAUAAACCCUGGUUCUAUGACAUGAAGAAGGUUUGGGAGGGAUAUCCCAUACAGAGCACCAUCCCUUCCCAGUAUUGGUACUACAUGAUUGAGCUUUCUUUCUACUGGUCCCUGCUCUUCAGCAUUGCCUCUGAUGUCAAGCGAAAGGAUUUCAAGGAACAGAUCAUCCACCACGUGGCUACCAUCAUCCUCAUCAGCUUCUCCUGGUUUGCCAAUUACGUCCGAGCAGGGACUCUGAUCAUGGCUCUGCAUGACUCUUCCGACUACCUGCUAGAGUCAGCCAAGAUGUUUAACUACGCGGGAUGGAAAAACACCUGCAACAACAUCUUCAUCGUCUUCGCCGUUGUCUUCAUCAUCACCCGACUGGUCAUCCUGCCCUUCUGGAUCCUGCACUGCACGGUGGUCUACCCGCUGGAGCUCUACCCCGCCUUCUUCGGCUACUACUUCUUCAACUGCAUGAUGGGAGUGCUUCAGCUGCUUCAUAUCUUCUGGGCCUACCUCAUCCUGCGCAUGGCCCACAAAUUCGUAACUGGAAAGCUGGUAGAGGAUGAACGCAGCGACCGGGAAGAAACGGAGAGCUCGGAGGGGGAGGAGGCUGUAGCCGGGGGAGGAGCAAAGAGCCGGCCCCUAGCCAAUGGCCACCCCGUCCUCAGUAACAACCAUCGUAAGAAUGACUGAACCGUUGUCCCUGCUGCCCCUCAGAUUAAUGCAUAAAGCCAAGGAACUAGCCUGUCCUCCCCAGAGGACCACUUUCAGCCCUGGGGAAGAAAGCAGAAAGCAAGGAGAGAGUUGUUCUAUGUCCCGACCCCUGCUUCUUUGUCACCCAGUUGCCUUUAACCAAACUCUAACCAGCCUAUCCCCAGGUAGAGGGGAGGUUGGUAUAUCCUUUAUUAGAGGGGGGAUGGACUUAUUUUCCUCUCUGUUUUCUAAGUUGUUCUUUCUAUUGCUUUUGAGGCCCUGCCUCAGCUCUGGGGUGGCAGUUACAACUCACAUUCCUUAUUCUUCAGAAUUUGGCCCUGUUUGCCUCAGACUCCCUGACCUCCAGAGCCAGGGUCGUGCCUUACUGUCCCAUCUGUGGGCCUCAUUCUGCCAAAGAUGGACCAAGGCUCACCUUUCUAGGCUAACUUGGGCCAGAAACCAAAGCUGAGCUUUAUAACUUUUUUCCCUCCUGAGACACAAAUGAAUUGAGUAUAGGAGGGAACAUAUGACCCUUACCCUACCUCUGCCAAAAAGGCUGGGGGGGUGGGAUAGGGAGGGGGCGGGGCAGUGGCAUAAUGGGACUGCUCGGGUGGUCUACGUGUUAUUUCUCUGCUGGCUCUCUGUCAUCACAGGUCCAAGAUCUUACUGCCUCCUUCCUCUGGCCUCAUCCCCUAGGCUGGCUGGCUUGGAAUAGAAUGGCAACUAGUUCUAAUUUUUAUUUAUUAAACAUUCGGUGUUUUGGUUUUAAAGCCAGAAUUACAGCUAGUACCUGGCAUUUCAGCAGAGGGACCACUUCAGACCAAAAUGUACUGUUAAUGGUUUUUUUUUUUUAAUUAAAAUAUAUUAAAGAUUACGUAAAACAUGGCAA